AAAUGUCCAAUUUUGUUGGCUCUCGUGAGGAAGAUUAUUUGGAGCUGUCUGCAAAUUCGUCAUCACGCCAGGAUUUUGUAAAUAACGACAUUUGGGAUGGCCUUUUCUCCCCUUCAAAUGGACAACAGCCUCAAACUUCUUCAUAUUCCCUCUCGGAUGUUUUUAGAGAACAUUUGGUUGUUGAGGAGCUUGAUGGGAAUUUUAAACAGUCUACGGGAAGCCAAGCAGAAAAGCAAUCGCCACAGUCUGAUGCUGGUAGUGAACAGCAACAACAACAAUUUGCUUCGGUUUCGAAUGAGUGUAAAGAGGUCUCCCCUUCCUCCCAUCAAUCUUCUUCAUGCCCAACGGCUAAGAGUUCAACCAAAUCAGAAAAUAAUUCAAUUUGCUCUACUACCAAAACUUCAAGCAACUCUACAAUUCAACUGGAUUAUUCUCGUUUGAAGGCUGAACAUAGAAAAUUAAAAAAAUAUUUUGAGGCAGAUUAUAAAAACCGAUUUAAACCUCUACCUAUAAACGAAACUGUGAGAAGGCUUUGUAAUUGUGAGCCAACAUCAUUGGACUUGUACAUUUCAAAACAGGACAAACUUGAUUUGUUGGAUGAAGGGCUGGAAUCUGGAAAUUGGGACGUUGUUAUUACGAUCAUCCUAUUUAUUAAACGAACUUUGGACAAUCCAAUUUUCCGUUCAAUUUUGAUGGAGAGACCUGAGGCUGCUCAAUAUUAUGUUACCUAUUUAAAGGAGUCUGGCGACCGACAAGAAUUGUUAUACACGCUAUAUGGACUUGGUCGUAUUGUCGAAGCAACAAUGGAAGAAUUUAAAAUUGCCUGUCAACACAAAGACCCAAAAAAGAAAUUGGAUUCACUUAGACAUUGUCUCCACGACGGUUUUCACCAUCCAGAUUUGACAAAUGAACGAAAAUUUUUGGAGGAAUGGAUUUGUUUGUUGGAAACUCAUACUUGUAGUACAAAAUGACGUGCAUAAUUAAAAAAAAUUUUUUUGGCUUUUUAAGGUUUUUUUCCAAUUUUUAUUCUUUAUUAGGGGUGGGUUGAAUCGCAAGGGCGUAGCCAGGGGGUUAUAUUUUUUUAUUUCGGUGGGAUAAAUUUAGGUGUGCGCCAGAAUUUUGGCGUUUGGCGUUCCGAACGCCAAAAUUUUUAAACCUUGAUUAUUAUUUCAGUUCCUCUGGCGAAAAUUUUUUGAAUUUUGGAGGUUGUAGGCGAAAAAAAUAUACUCUUUUGAUCACCCUUUUCCUAAUUUUUCCCCCUUUCCCCCAAUUCGGGAGGGGGUGGGGGCUUCAGCCAGGAUUUUUUCGGAGGGGGGGGGGUGGGCGAAGAGGGGAAAAUGUUGAGAAUUUAGAAAGUCGUAAGCCAAAAAUCUCCUUUUUUUGCUCAAACCCUUCCCCAAAUUUUUCCUUUUCCCCAUUUGGGGGGGGGGGGGGAAUUCCCCUCCUAUCCCCUGGUUACGGGCCGGGCUUUAGCCUCCACUAGCUACUCUACGCCCUUGUCGAACCCCCAAACCUUACUUGACAUUGUUUGCUCUAACAUAUCAUUUUUCUUUCCUUGGAUGACAUUUUUCUUUUCUCUCUCUUCUAUUUCAUUCUUUAACCCCUUCCUAAGAAUUUUUUUAAUGUUCCCAUAUGAAUCAUAUCUCUCUU